UGCAAUUUGAUUUUCGAUGAGCAAAAAAGGAACCCACAGGGGAAAAAAAUAAAGGGGGAAAACUAAAAAUAGAAAUAAAAAACGAAGUGCUGAAUUUUCCCAAUCUGAACCAAAGCAGGCUCAUCAUCACAUGUGUUCUAAUCUUUUACUCGACUGCUACUCCAGCUUAACGAAUCCGAGAAAGAUUCUGUCAAAACCCACUUCCCAUCUCAUCUCCAGGUAACUCUGUCCUUCCCUCCAUCCCUCCCUCCACACGCACAACACACACUGGAAGCAAUGCAGAACACUUAUAUAAGCUCAAGUUUCCAACUAAGGUGUAAAGGGCCAUUUUCAUUUUCCUUCAAUGACUAUUCUUGCUGCUUAAAUGAUAGAAUUGAUCGAAACCCGUUAUUGUAUUCAUCAUCAUCAUGUUGUUCUUGUUGUGGAAAUUCGCUGUAUAGCAGAUUUCCCAUUUCUAGUCCUAGCUUUUUAUAUGGUUUAAGGCAGUCUAAUUUGAUUCAAUGGUCACCCUGUAAAAAACUGAUCUUGAAUGGUUUAGACCGGUUCACUAGUAGUAGAUGUCCUUUUGAUGUUGGAAGAAGCUGUUACUGUGAGAAAGAUUACAUUUUGAAGGGGAGGAAUUUGGGAAAAGGGGGGAUUAGGAGGAUGGUUUUUGAGGAAAAGAGUGAAUGGAGUGAUUUUUGUGAUGAUAGUAAUGGAAUUGAUGAGGUUGAGAUUAUGCUUAAUUUGUUGGCUGAGGAUGUUAGUGACGAGUGCUAUAGUAUUAGGAAGGGAAGCAGGAAGUCGUCUAGGGUUAAAGUGGAGAAGAGAGGGAAUGGCCGGAAGAAUAAUCUGAGGAGACGGACGAAAAAUGGUGAUUUGGGUGUUUUGGAGAGUCAAUCUAAGUUUGAGUAUGAAGAGAAGGUGAUUAGGUCGAAGGAGCGGGAAAUGGGGCUGAAAGAGGAUGAUAGGAGAGAAAAAGAGAGGGCCAUCCUACUGAGAAGGGAGAAUGUUAGAAUGAGGGCUAGAAUGAGGGCUAAGGAGGAUAAGAAGGACAGUUUGUUGAGAGAAGAAAAAGUGAGAGAGGAAGAAAGGGAGAAACAUUUGAGGGAAAAUUGGAGAGAAAGGGUGAGGGUUGAAGAGGGGGAAGAUUUGUCCAGAAGACAGGACCAUGGGCAAAGGGUCAGGAAAAAUGGAUCAAGUUGUUCGUCUUAUUACUCAUUUUCUUCGGGUGAUUUUGAGAUUGAUAAUGAAGCUCAGCAUGAGCAGGAGGAGUGUGAGGGAGAAUUAUCAAGAGGAUACAUGAGAGACUCGAGAAGGAAUGAAGGAGUUGUGUCUGAUGAAGUUCAGGAAGAGUAUCAUAGGCACGGGGAUUAUUCAAAGAAACAAGGGGAUGUGUUGAGAAAAGAAAAUACUCAAGUGGUUUUUUCUGGAGCAUCAUCUGCUGUUGAGGGCGAGUGGAGAAAAAAAUCAGAGAAGAGGCUUACUGAUGCCUCCAUGGAAGAAACCGAAUUGAGCAAGGAACUUGCAGACAAGCAAUCAAGGUAUAGAGAGAUCGAACAAAGUGCUUAUGGAGAAAGUGCGAGGUUUGAUGAUAAGAACAAAAAAUUGAACUUGGCGGUGAAAUUUGAUAGGGAAACCAGAGAGCAGCACGGGCAAACACAUGACAGCGAAACAAGAAUGAAAUCUAAACAAUUCACAGAGAUGUCCAAGGCUCAUGUUGCUGAUACAGAAACUUCUUCUGCAUUCCAUAAGCUCUAUCAUGGUAGGAAUGAAAGUUCUUCGAAAUCCAUGAGUUCUGAGAGAAAAGAAAGCGACCAUCAUAUUGCAGCUGGUCACCUAAGCAGGGAAGAUGAAUAUAGGAGGAACUCGAGCAAACUCACUGAAGUAUCAAAAAUUCAAGAAAUGGACGUUAGAGGGACGUCUAGUGCAGUGAGACAAUCUGAUAUUAGAAUGAAGAAGCAGGAAGAUUAUUCAAGUAUGGACCUGAAUUCUGUAAACAACAGAGAAGAGCAAUAUCGCCAUGCUAGCCAGAGCAGCAGAUUGCUGGACUCGAACGAAAAGUAUAACCAAGUGACUCAAAAUGUGCAUUCAGAAAGUACUUCAGUUUCAAAGAAGGAAACUCAACAUAGCAUGGAAAAACACGAAGCAAAAUCGAGCUCUAUUCAUAAGUCAGAUCUUGGAUUGAGAGAACGCUUAGAGAUGACUACAAAAAGUAAAAAUGGUGUAUCUGAUGUGGCUGCUGAUAAUGAAAGAACCAGUAUAGUAACAGAACCUCCUUCUCAGUUACUAGUCAGAGUUUCAGUUCAUGGUGAAUCAGCAAGUGGAUCAGCAACUGAACAAAGUGCUGAUGGCUUUACUGUAUUACAUGAACAAAGUCACACUACAGGCGAUCAGGCCCAGGGGGAGCCUCAGAAAUUUUUGUCACAUGAAGAUGCACUUGGAUCAGCUGAUCGAUUACAAAAAUCUUCUGCUCAUUAUAUUGAAGAGUAUGUUCAGAAGGUGAGGAAUGAGAUUUCUACCUCUGAACCCAGUGAUGUGAAGAAAACGUAUGAAACAAAAUUGGUGCAUGAGGAAAAGGAUAGUCUUAAUUCAUACAGCUCUAGAGUUUCUCAAUCAAGGGAACAGGACUCUAGGAGUUUAUCUCAGAGUUCUGGAAUCAAAGGCCCUUCAGAUGAAAGUUGGGAUGUAGCUGAACCAUCUAUGCAGGAACAUCUUGAAACAGGAAGAAUAAAGACUGAAAACAAUAAUGGGACCACCGUCGUCAAGAGAACUGGCAGGUCUUUGUGGAACAUCAUUGGAGAUAUAGUUCGCUUGCGCUGGGCUUCACGUUCUGAACAUGGUUCAACGGCAAAAUCAGGUGGAAAGAGUUCCCCAAAUCAAUCUAUGAGUAGUGAAACAUGGUUUUCUGGCCAUGACCCUGAUGAAAAUGUUCAUGUGGAGACAAAAGGAGAUAGGGUAAUCUUAACAGAAGAAUCAACUUCUGUCAACCAGCAGCAAGACGAAAAAGAUUGUUCUCAAAGUCAAGGGCAGGUUUCCAGCUUAUCAAGUUCAAAAGGUGAGAUGAAGCAGACAGGAGGAGGAUCCUUGUCCUCAUCAAGCGUCUUGCAAAGAGAUUCAUCCAUUCAAAGGAAUUCUUUUCGUACUGGUGAAACAACUUCUGAGAGGAAGUCUGAAGCUUCAUUUCCUGAAAGCAGAGCAGCAGAAUCAUCAGUUACACUGCCUUCCUUGCAGCUUAGAAGAUCGCCUGUUGUAGGAGAAAACUCAGCAUCUAGGAAAGCUGAAGGAUCAGGCAGUGGCACAGUUGUACAGAUUGAUACACCAGUUCCAACUACUCUGACAGAAAAUCCUAGGUCUGUGAGCAAGAACGAGGAAUUGGAAAGACGGAAACUUGGAAGGAGUGAUCAAGUUGUAAAAGACAGGUUUGAUGAAUGGGAGGCAGCAUAUAGGCUUGAAAUGGAGCAAAGAAGGGUUGAUGAAAUGUUCAUGAGGGAAGCACUGUUAGAAGCAAAAAAAGCUGCUGACAGUUGGGAGGUGCCUGUUGGUGCUGUGCUGGUGAGAGAUGGGAAGAUAAUUGCUCGUGGAUAUAACCUAGUAGAAGAGUUGCGUGACUCCACUGCUCAUGCGGAAAUAAAUUGCAUACGGGAGGCAUCAAACUUACUUCGGACAUGGAGACUCUCGGAAACGACACUGUAUGUUACCCUUGAACCAUGCCCCAUGUGUGCCGGAGCAAUACUUCAAGCUAGAAUUGACACCGUCGUUUGGGGAGCUCCUAAUAAGCUUCUAGGAGCUGAUGGGAGCUGGAUUAGGCUUUUCCCAAAUGGUGAGGGAGGAAGUGGAUUGGAGUUAUCAGAUAAGCCUCCUGCUCCUGUUCAUCCCUUUCACCCGAAAAUAGUAGUUCGACGUGGAGUACUGGCAGCAGAAUGUGCUGACACAAUGCAGCAUUUCUUUCAACUGAGGAGAAAGAAGGACAAUAAAUCAGAAACAACCACCCCACCUUCGUGUUUGCCCAUUUCACACCAUCACCCGUCAAGGUUUUUGACCAAGAUUCAUGAUGCGUUCCAUCUUAUGUUCUGCUUGUAAUUGAUCAGAUGGUGUGACUCAUUAUGGAUGCUGUAAAAUAAAGUCUUAGAAGUUAAGCUGUCAAAAAAUCCAACUUUGUGUUCAUUCUCAUGUUUCUACAAAGGAAAGAUGAGAAAGGGGAUGUAGGAACCCUUUUUUGGAGAAAAUUUUCUAAGGGUCCAUAGUGUCUGGUAGUCACAAUGUUGUAGCGCCUUGGCUUCUGGGAAUCACAUUGUUGUACAGAGACAUGAUGUCACUGCACCAACUAAACUUUCUUAUUUGUCUUCCACGGAAGUGUUAUGUGAUGAAGCUCUUUUAGCAACUUAAUACA